AUGGCGGAUUAUCUGGACGGUUCCCCAGAGCCCUCAAACUGGCAGGAUUCGUCCUCAAGUGAUUCGUCUUCUGGAUUGAAUCACUUUGAUGCUGGGGAAGAUUCAUCUCCUCCCACUUCACCAGAGCCUCCCUCAAGUAUCAUCGAAUACACGCCGGCUACUUCGCUCACGGAUGCAGGCCGCGACACUCUCGUCACUCUCGUAGGCCUGGGCGUCGGAUUCUCCAUCACGUUUCGAAAUGACCAUUCGUACACAUUUGAUAUACAUGAACGCCCCAGUGCUGUGCAGAGUUGUAAGUCUAGGCGACGUGGUACUGCAAGCAAAUAUACAGACAACGCAAAAGGCACUUCCAUCACAGGCAGACAUCCAAGCGAUGAUGCCAUAAAGAAGCUCGCGGUUAUUCGAAACUCGAGAAGUCAAAUCCCUAGACGUCUUGGGAAUGCAAAGGCCAGACCUCCGGCCGACCAUGCCGCGAACGAGGCCCACCAAAGAAUCACAGCUGGCCAUGAAGCCUCCAACGUGAACAUCAAAAGAGGCCACGAUGCAGCAAGGCAAAGCCUAUAUGACCUCUCAACACUGGCAGAGAAUCCGUCAGCUAGACAGGUGAACUCACUGGAGGAAUUAUUAACAGGGAUCGAGGAGAAGAAAGAAAUAAUAAGAACGCAGGAAAUGCAAGUGGAGGAUUUGAAAGCCCGGCUGGAAAAGAAAACGGAGAGCGAAGAACAACUGCGAGAUCAGGUGGAAGCCCUGGCAGGGGAACUAAGCCAUGCAAGCGACAGAAAUAAAAGAUUGGAAAUCGACUUAAGAGGUGCCGAAGAGCGAUUGAAAUGCGUGUCGCACGCAAAAUACCGUAUUUGCAACAAAAUCGACUGUAUCACAGAUAUUGAAAAUGAACCUGACGAGGACGAAGUAGAAUACUAUGGGCGCAAGUUGAAUUCACUGGAGGAACAAUUGCAGCAAUACAAGGCACAGAAUACCAAGCUCACGAAGGAAAGGGAUACCUUCAAUGAGGAAAGCAAGAGACUGCAACGAACUAAAGACCAACUCAGCCAUGAGGUACUUGCUCUUGAGGACGAGAGAGAUAAUAUACGGUGCCAGUUGCAGCUAUCCGAGUCACGGAAUGCUGAGCUGACCAAAGAGAGAGAUGGCCUACAAGGUUUCCGCGAAGCCAUGCAUGAGCUCAACACCAAGGUGGACUCCAAGGAAGAAGAAUUGCAACAGACUCGAGCCGAGCUCCGACACCAUCAAGGUGCCUUCGAAGAACUCUCGAAGUCCUACGAGAGUCUAAUUACCAAGAAAGCCAGACUGGAGAAUGCAAACGGUGAACUUGUCGCUGAGAGGGACAAUCUGCAGGAAGAGGCACAGCGGUCUCAGGCUGAGCAUCAACAGGUUCUUGAGGGUCUGCAGAAUAGAAAGGAUGCACUUUCCCACAGGGUAGUCCAGCUAGAACGAGCCCUUCGCGAGAAACAAGCAGCCAUCGACAAUGCAAAUGGGCCGUUGGACAAUGCCAUUCCUGAGCACGCAUCAACCCUGCAGGGGACUUCAUCCUCAGGUCGUCGUGCAGGGGGACUUCCAACAGUGUUCUCCCAUAACCACAGUAGAACAGGCGCUUUGCAAGAUGCUCCAAGGUACACCAGGGCGCAAGCUAAUAGCCGGCGGCCGGGUACAAGACUGAUAUAUUACUACCGUGUGGAUGAAAACGGGCGAUGCAGGCCGCUGGGAAACAGGCAAGUUCCAGGUUAUAUACGGCGGCCACCUAACGAGGAUUAG